AAGAAAAAAGAAAACGAGAAAGAGAAAUGAAGCCGCAUUCUUAUCAAAUCCGGCAUUGUUAUUUUGCCAUUGCUCCCCCUCGUCGUUUUUAAGUCCCCGCGUUCUUGUGUUCUCGUCUCUCUUCUACUUCUUUUUCUUCAUUCCCAGUCAAAGACGCUUCUUCAUCUCUCUUAACUCAAUCGGAAAAUGGAGGAUGUGGACCUUGACGGUGGCGGUGGCAGUGGUCGCAAGUAUCGGCCUGUGUUGGACAGCGAUCGUGCGGUGCUUGAGAUGUCUUCAAUGGAUCCUGGAUCCUCUUCCGCUGCUUCUUCUUCUCAAGCGUUUCGGGAUCAACCUCCUCCUAAUCUCAGAAAAAUAAACGUGGGUAAUGGUGCUACUGAGGCUUCUAAUGCUAAAGAAGGGAACAACUCUCCUAGUCAGCCACAGCCUAAUGGAUCCCAUCAAGAAUCAAAGCUUGAACUGUUUGGUUUUGAUUCCCUUGUCAAUAUACUUGGUCUUAAAAGCAUGACUAGUGAGCAAGCUGUGCAACCAUCUAGUCCUAGAGAAGGCGAAGAUAUUUCUAUCACUGUAGGGGAGCCAAAGCCUGCUGCUCCCAAGCUGGGUACAAUGAUGGGUGUAUUCAUUCCAUGCAUACAAAGCAUUUUGGGCAUCAUCUACUACAUUCGUUUCUCUUGGAUUGUUGGAAUGGCUGGCAUAGGAGAGUCAUUCCUGCUUGUUGCUUUGUGUGGCUUGUGUACUUUUCUUACAUCAAUAUCAUUGAGUGCCAUUGCGACUAAUGGUGCUAUGAAGGGAGGGGGACCAUACUAUCUAAUAGGGCGUGCCCUUGGUCCAGAAGUUGGAGUUAGCAUUGGUAUAUGUUUCUUCCUUGGGAAUGCUGUUGCUGGAGCACUUUACGUAUUGGGAGCUGUGGAAACAUUUUUGAAAGCAGUUCCUAAAGCUGGGAUUUUUAGAGAGACUGUCAGCCAUGUUAAUGGUACUGCAGUGACACCAAUAGAAGCUCCAAGUUCUCAUGAUCUGCAAAUUUAUGGGAUUGUUGUGACCAUUCUUUUAUGCUUUAUUGUAUUUGGAGGAGUAAAGAUGAUAAAUCGGGUUGCACCUGCAUUUCUCGUUCCUGUUUUAUUCUCAGUCAUCUGCAUAUUCUUGGGAAUGUUUGUGGCUAAGAAGGAUAAACCUUCAGAGGGAUUUACUGGUUUGAGUUGGGAGACAAUUAAAGAUAAUUGGAGUUCAGAUUAUCAAAAAACUAAUGAUGCUGGAAUCCCAGAAACUGAUGGCCAUGUAAGCUGGAAUUUCAAUUCAUUAGUAGGCCUCUUUUUCCCAGCUGUGACAGGAAUAAUGGCAGGUUCUAAUAGAUCAGCUUCUCUAAAAGAUACUCAGCAAUCAAUUCCUAUUGGGACAUUAUCUGCAACACUUAUUACUACUUCUCUGUAUUUUAUUUCUGUGUUAUUUUUUGGCGCUGUUGCCACCAGAGAGAAGCUUUUAACAGACAGGCUACUAACGGCUACAGUCGCCUGGCCUUUCCCUUCACUAAUUAAAAUUGGGAUUAUUCUUUCAACUUUGGGUGCUGCUCUUCAGAGUCUGACCGGUGCCCCACGUCUGCUUGCAGCAAUAGCCAAUGAUGAUAUUUUACCUAUUCUGCGCUACUUUAAAGUUGCAGAUGGCAGUGAGCCUUAUGCUGCUACCCUUUUCACUGCUAUCCUAUGUGGUGUGUGUGUCAUUAUUGGGAAUCUGGAUCUUAUCACUCCAACUAUAACUAUGUUUUUCCUUCUAUGUUAUACGGGUGUCAACUUGUCCUGCUUCCUUCUUGAUCUUCUAGAUGCUCCUAGUUGGCGACCUCGUUGGAAAUUUCAUCAUUGGUUUCUCUCUCUUGUUGGAGCAUUACUUUGCAUUGUGAUUAUGUUCCUGAUCUCGUGGUCAUUCACUGUGGUGGCUUUGGCCCUUGCAAGUCUUAUAUAUAAGUAUGUGGGCCUCAAAGGAAAGGCUGGCGACUGGGGAGAUGGUUUCAAAAGUGCAUAUUUCCAACUAGCACUUCGGAGCCUUCGAUCACUAGGAGAAAACCAAGUACACCCAAAGAAUUGGUAUCCAAUUCCGCUCGUGUUUUGCCGGCCCUGGGGUCAACUACCAGAAAAUGUUCCAUGUCAUCCCAAACUUGCAGAUUUUGCUAACUGUAUGAAGAAGAAAGGUCGAGGAAUGUCUAUAUUUGUCUCUAUACUGGAUGGUGACUACCAUGAAUGUGCUGAAGAUGCCAAGACUGCUUGUAAACAGCUCAGUACCUACAUUAAUUACAAGAAUUGUGAAGGUGUGGCUGAGAUUGUUGUCGCCCCUAAUAUGUCUGAAGGCUUUCGUGGUAUCGUUCAGACAAUGGGCCUUGGGAAUCUCAAGCCAAACAUUGUGGUGAUGCGCUACCCAGAGAUCUGGCGUCGGGAGAACUUAACAGAAAUCCCCAAGACAUUUGUUGGGAUAAUUAAUGACUGCAUUGUUGCAAACAAGGCGGUAGUCAUAGUGAAGGGUCUUGAUGAGUGGCCCAAUGAGUACCAGAAGCAGUACGGCACGAUUGACCUCUACUGGAUUGUGAGAGAUGGUGGUCUCAUGCUGCUGCUCUCUCAGCUGCUUCUUACCAAGGACAGCUUUGAGAGUUGCAAAAUUCAGGUUUUCUGCAUUGCAGAAGAGGAUGCAGAUGCAGAAGUGCUGAAAGCUGAUGUGAGAAAAUUCCUUUAUGAUCUUCGGAUGCAAGCAGAAGUUUUUGUCAUUCCCAUUUCUUCACAAGAAAAUGGUGGGUCUCCCCAGGAUGAGUCACAGGAUGCAUUUAAAGGUGCUCAACAAAGAAUUGAUGAUUAUCUAAACAAAAUGAAGGCAGCAGCAAAGAAAGAUGGCACCCCUCUAAUGGAAGAUGGUAAGCGCGCAGUUGUGAAUGAGCAGCAGGUCGAGAAGUUCCUGUUCACAACGCUUAAGCUCAAUUCAAUAAUGUUGAGAUACUCAAGAAUGGCUGCUGUUGUUUUGGUAAGUUUGCCUCCACCUCCACUGAACCACCCAGCAUAUUUCUAUAUGGAGUACAUGGAUAUGUUGCUGGAAAAUAUACCGAGGAUUUUAAUUGUAAGAGGAUACCGUAGAGACGUUGUAACUCUAUUCACAUAGUUUUGAACUGGAUUCUAGGACAUUAAUUACUUCCUUUUCUGUUUAUAGUUUUGUAGUUUACAUGUAGUGUUCAUUCUUUGUACCCAUUUUCUUGCUCAAGAGGAUCUACUGUAUCACCAGAUUAUAAUAGAAAAAUUAAACUGUAUUCAUUUUGGAACAUCGUUUGAAUUGUUUAUUUUCUUA